ACCCAGAACCUUCUUACUCCAAGGCAACAGCUCUACCAACUGCGCCACUGGGCAGCCCUGGGUCUGAAACUGAUUAAUCACAAAAUCAGUACCAUUUACUGAAUAAAUGAGCUGAACCAAAGAGAAAUUUACAGUUUUUAAAUCAGAUAUUUGUAGACUUUAAUCUGUUCUUCAGGUUCUGCAUCAGAUUAGUGUUUUCCUAUCUGUGCAUCUUUCCAGAGUUUCUCUGAUUAUUCAUGGAGCUUCUUCAGGAAUUUGGACUGUGGACGCUGACAUUAGCUUUAGCUGCUACAUGUUAGCAUCCAGAUGCCGUCUACAGGCUGAUACCAGCCUAUCAGCCUUCUUUUAAGUUAUCAGAAAAUGAUUACCUUCAGAAACGUAAAGCAUGAGUCUCUGAUAGGCCCUUUCCGACAUCCAAUCAGAUCAACUGAAGUUCAACCGAGAGAAGCCGCUUCCAUCCAGCUGUUAGCUGUGCAUAAGAUUUACGGUCGUACCAGAAACAUGCCAACACAAAGGUUCCAUCUCAGGACGACUCUUUAUAAAGAAAACCAAACAUGACAAUUAAUUAAUUCAAUUCAAUGGUUAAAUAAGUUCUACAGAUCAAAGUGAUGGAAGGUUCUGCCUCAGCCGGUCCGAUCCGGCCUGUCUGUCUCUGAGCAAUCGCAUCCUACAGCCUACUGACACACACACACACACACACACACACACACACACACACACACUCUCACCGGAUGCAGGGAGUGCCUCUGAGGAUGUAGCUCUGAGUUGCAGGGCGCGUCGCUAACAAAGGAAGAGCUGUGCCUGUGUUGGUUCUGGUUCUGGUGAGGAACUGGGUCGCUCCUGUACGGUGCUGUAGCUGGAAUGUCCUGAGGUCAUGUCACUUCCUGUUGGGUGGAAUGUUUUAGGGUUCAGACCCUGCUCCUGCUCCACAGAGGUCAAAGGUUGGCUGUGUCUGGAGUUUCUGUGACGGACCAAAGCAAUUGGGAGAAGAACUGGAAGAAAAUCUGAAAAAUGAGCAGCUGCCGUCCGGCCCGGCUGUAGGUCCGUGAUGGCCACAGAGCUUCCUGCUGGUGGAGGAGAUGAAGCCCGGUCCAGACUCCAUGCUGGUCACCAUGGCAACGCUGGACGGAAGCUCAGCGGUUGAAACCUUCCUGGCGUCCAUCCACCUGGACAGGUACCUGGACACCUUCCACCGAGCCGGCCUGCUAUUGGCCAGAGACUGCGCCCACCUGGAUCAUGACGCUCUGGUCAGUCUGGGCGUAGCCGCCACGGGACACAGGAAGAGGAUCCUGCGCCUGGUUGGCCUCAUCCAGCGGAGGGAGGCCCAAAGAGCCAAUCAGAGCGCAGCUCUCCCCUGUGACCCAUCGCAGGGAGGAAGCAUCGCCACGUCGUGCCGCCGAGCGCUCGCACCAGGAAGCGCAGCCAGCCUGGACCGCAGGAACGGUCCAGCCAUGAAACCCGUCCCCAAACCCAGAACCGUCUUCAACCGCCGCAGGACAGCGCCGGUCCAGUUCAGCACUGCACCGGACCCGGUGGCACCAGUGGACCGCAGGCUUUCCCAGGAAUCCAUCUGCUUCACCGUGCUGGAGGGUCUGACCUCACAGGCCACGCCCACAGACGACCGCAGACCCAACCCGGUGGGCAGAACCCGGCCCAGCCGCAGCCUGUCUCUGUCCGACGCAGCUGGGUCGGUACCGCCCGUCCCUCCGAGGUUGAGCCGCAGUUCCGCCGUCCCCCUGACUCCGCCCCCCUCCUCUGCAGAGAGGCGACCGCUAUCGUCUCUUCCGGGCCGACCAGGAAGUUUGGACGGUACCAGACUCUCUGGGUCGUCAGGUUCUCCCAGAGGGGGCAGCAUGGAGAUGGUCUCCAACGAGAUCUACUGGGGCACCAAUCCCAGCUCUGCUGCCCCCAGUGGAGGGAGGAGUUACUGCAGCCAACAGGCAGCUCCGCCGACACCGCCCAGAAAUCCGGACCGGAUCCAGAACUUGGACAGGAACAGCGGCAGCACUCUGAGCAACAACUCCUCAGGAUCCGCCAGAGCCUCCACAGACGACCCAGAGGAGAUCAGUCCGUACUGCGAGGCCGUUUUCCAGAACCGGAGGUCGCCAACUGCAUCCGAGAGCGACCGGACCCGAUCCAAUGGCACAGAAACCCGGGCAGAGGAGGGGAGAGCUGCUGAGGAUCAUGGGAGCCACAAGUUCUCCUGGACGCAGCGGCUGUCGCAGGCGUUUCUCCCUGGAGACUCUCCGGGUUACAGCACCGUGGGCGAAGCUCCACCCCCUCUUCGCUGCUCCUCCUUCCCCCCCGAGGCGGACGACGACCUCACCAUCUCGCCCUACGCCAGCUACGCCUCCCUGACCGAGAGAGCCCCGCCCAUCAUCAGCGGCUGCCUGGACAAGCUGUCGCCACAGGGGGGUCAGAGGUCAUCGGUGGGUGUUGUGCUGCGUUUCCUCCUCUUUGCUCCUCCCUGUGUCUCCUCCUGCCUGUGGAGCUGCCUCUCCUCUUCCUCCUCUUCCUCCUCUGCUCGGUGUGUCUGUCCUCUUCAUGCUGUGAGGCGGGGCGCGCUGCGUUUCAAUCAGAACCAGAGGACGUGUCGGGUUUGGGUCGGCCCGUUAAUCCAGAUGUUUCUUUGUUUCAGGAAUUAUGUUUUCCAGAAACGUUUUGUGAAGUUUGAUGGGAAAAAUCUGAUGUACUUCGGCAGUGAGAAGGAUGUCUACCCUAAAGGAGUGAUCCCAUUGGCUGCCAUCCAGAUGGCCCGCCCAGCCAAAGACAACAAGUUUGAGAUUGUGACGAGUCACCGGAUCUUCGUGUUUCGGACGGAUAACGAAGCGCUUAGGCGGCGUUGGGUGGCCACCCUGCAGGAACACGUUCGGGACCACCAGGUGUUUGGGCGGCGCCGCUUCGGACCUGGAUCCCACUGCCAGAAACACGGCGCCCUGGAGCUCAAAGGAACCAAGUCCAGAGUGUACGCCGCCAUCAACACCGACCAGAUCUGGCUCCACAAGAGCGAGCAGUGCUUCAGGAACGGGAUCGGCAUCACCGUCAUCGAGGCCCGCGGAGCGACGAUCCGGGACGGGAAACACCGGAGCUUCGACCUCAUCACGCCGUAUAAAACCUUCAGCUUCACGGCCGAGUCGGACCGGGACAAGCGGGACUGGAUGGAGGCGCUGCAGGAAGCCAUCGCCGAGACACUGUCGGACUACGAGGUCGCCGAGAAGAUCUGGUCCAACCGGUCCAACCGGACCUGCGCCGACUGCAAGGCCCAGAACCCAGACUGGGCCUCCAUCAACCUGUGUGUGGUCAUCUGUAAGAACUGUGCAGGGCAGCACAGAGGUCUGGGGACGAUGGUCUCUAAGGUUCAGAGUCUGAAACUCGACACCAGCGUCUGGAGCAACGAGAUCGUUCAGCUGUUCAUCAUGCUGGGGAACGACCGGGCCAAUGACUUCUGGGCGGCGCGUCUCCCUGCGUCCGAGGAGCUGGACUGUGACGCAUCGCCUGAGCAGCGGUGGGAUUUCAUCACCCAGAAGUACCGAGAAGGCCGGUUCCGCCGGGCCCACCCGGCGUUCAGCGGCCAGGAGGAGCUGCUCAAGGUCCUCUGCUCCGCCGUCUCCGAGCAGACGCUCCUGAAAACCGUCACUCAGAUUUUCUCAGAGGCGGAGGCGGCCCGGAUCGCCGGUGACCCGGACGACCUCCAGCGGCAGCGGCAGCGGCUGAGCCCUGCAGAUCCCAGCGUUUACGAUGAGAUCAUGCAGCCCGUCCUUCACUCCGGCUUCCUCUACAAGGCGUCUUCGCUCGGCAGGGGGACGCUGUCCAGGAAAACCCGGGAAGAUUUCCAGAAGUUCUGGUGCUCCGUGGACCGGUCCCUGGUUCUGUACGAGUCGGACCACUCGGCCGACCCGUGCCUGCAGAUCGAUGUGAAGGACAUUGUGUGUCUGGGAGUCGGCCGACCCGAUUCCGCCAGCAACAACAACGGCUUCAUCGACAGGUUCCGCUACACCUUUGAGCUGUACGUGGCGUCAGAGAAGCUGUUCCUCUUCGGGUUAGAGACGGCUGACGAGCUGCACAGCUGGACCAAAGCCAUCGGACAGGCCGCCACGCCACUCAGCUGUCACUGCCUGCUGACCCGGGAGUUUGACCGGGUCGGGCUGCUGCGGUACCGGGCCAUGUUGGACCCGCAGCAGUGGAAAGAGGCCUACUUCGUCCUGCAGAAGUCCAACCUGUUCAUCUGUCCCCGGACCGACGGCGCGGCCGAAGACAUCAUCAACCUGAACCGGCUGCAGGAACUGAGUAUCACCUCCGAGAGUGAGAAUCAGGAGAAGAAAGACAUCCUAGUUCUGGUAGAGAAGGGAAGGACUCUCCACCUGCAGGGUGUGGGUCGCUCCGACUUCUCGCUGUGGCUCUCGGACAUCCGGCGGGCGGCAGGCGGAAACGGGAACGCACUGCGGGAGCAGCAGAUGAGCCGCAACGACAUUCCCAUCAUCGUGGACAGCUGCAUCGCCUUCAUCACGCAGUACGGUCUGGGCCACGAGGGGAUCUACAGGAAGAACGGAGCCAAAUCCAGGAUCCGGCUGCUAAUGGACGAGUUCCGGAAAGACGCGCGGAACGUCAAACUGCGGAUCGGCGACCACUUCAUCGAAGAUGUGACGGACGUUCUGAAGAGGUUCUUCAGAGAGAUCGACGACCCGAUCUUCAUGGCCGAGCUGCACCCGCUGUGGCAGGAGGCAGCCAAACUUCCUCAGAAGCGUUCCCGGUUGGACCACUACAAGGAGAUCAUCCGGAGCCUUCCUCGGGUCAACCGGACCACUCUGGCUGCGCUCAUCAGCCAUCUUUACAGGGUCCAGAAGUGCGCCGACCUGAACCAGAUGUGCACCAAGAACCUGUCGCUGCUGUUCGCUCCCAGCUUGUUCCAGACUGACGGGAAGGGCGAGCACGAGGUGAAGAUCGUGGAGGAUCUGAUCGACAACUACCUGGACGUGUUUGAGAUCGACGAAGAUCAUCAGACUCAGAUUGAACUGGAAAUCAGCCUCAUCACCAGCUGGAAGGACACUCAGGUCAGCUCACACACACACUGACACACACACACACACACACACACACUGACACACACACACU